UUCUGUAUUUUCAUGAUUUAAUGUCUAAUGUUUGAUUUAAUGAGGUAUAUUAUUUUGCGUAGCUGCUGUCUACUGGACUGGAGAAUUCAGACUUUAGAAUGACACUUUUAUCAAGUGAAAUGAGAGCCACUCAGCCAAUCAGACCACACAGAACCUUGCUGUGAUCUUAACCUUGACCCUGUUGCUGUGCUCUUCCCAACAGGGUUUAAUAAACCUUGAAUGCAGCUGAUGGCGUAACCCUGACAAACCCUGCCAACACGGUCCAUGUCCAUGACUUUGUGGUGGUGGCGCGGUUCGACACCUGAUCGUGCUGCACCAAUAGGGUACUCGCUUUAUGCCAACAGAACGACAACAUGGCUGCCUCCAUGGUUUUAUUCAACGUCACUGAUAAAGAGGAAAGCACCCACAAGUCCUCUAAAGUGGACCAGAUGGAUUCCGAACAGUUCUGUAUACGUUGGACUUUUUAUGUCAAGUCAUUUAGAUCAAUAAAAGGCAUUAAUUGUACUCAUAGCAGUGACAAAGACCCUCAGACACUCUGGAUGACGAGGAAUCCGACUUGGCCCCCGAAGUGCGGAGCGGAAAUCAAGCUCUGAAAGACUUUUCGUGGUUCACCUUGCGGCCUAUGAGUUUCUGUUUUCUGUUUCAGCUCAUGCAGAAGUCAUCAAAAGGAAAGCAGUCUCACUAACAGCAUUUCAUCAGCUGAGGCUUUCCAUCAGUUCGCUGACCGAGACUCUUUUGUACCUUCUUCAAAGUAAACAACUGAGUGAGACGCACUGAGUUUGGAAAAGACUGACGAAUGACACGAUUUUCCUCUGGGACUCUGAAAUGUGUGCAUCACAAGCGGAACACUAAGAAGCUGUGCUGUGUCGCUGUACACGGGAGAAAAAUAAAGCUGGUUUCCUUUGAAGCGUUUUGCCUUUAAUGUCCUUCAGUUAGCUGUUAGACCUCAGGCGAUGUCUCACUCCCUUCCUGUGUGGACGAAGCUGUCCUGCCUGUUUCCAGUUGAAACGUGAGCUCCGGGGAGGACGGGGUUAACCCGAGCCUGCCCUGGAACCUGUUUCUGCUCGCCUCUCGAGCAUUUCUGACAUUCAAGCGUUUCCUUCUCACAAAGCUGAAAGGAAGCUUCGUGUUUUCCGUCUGUCUCUUCGUCUCUUCGGCGUCCCGUCAUGUUUGUCUCCAGGUUUCUGUGCAGGUUUGAUUUCUUCCGCCCUCCACCUGUGAGAAUCUACAAGUCCAGUUCGGCCUGGUCUUUCUGUGCCGUUUCCUGUUACAGCAGUCGACCGCCGUCUCCAGGUGUGUCCAUUCGUCACAGCCUCGGCCGCCCCGUCCUCUCGGUGCGCCUGCCUGCAGGUCGGACGUGUCGUUUCACUCUGACGCCCAUGUUGACCACGGUGGGCGACCUGCUCCAUAACAUCAAGGCCGAGGACCCUGGGGUGCACACGGCCGCCCUGCUCAACGGGGAUGGACAGAGAAUCUCCUCCUGCACCCUGAUGGAAACUGUUUUAAAUAAAGAUUUUCAGCUGGUCAUCAACGACGUCACGCACUGCGUCGGCUCACUCGGACAAGGUGCGUCCCACGAACACGUGUUGGGUCUGGACGACGUGAAGUACGUGGUCCACCUGCUGCACUCGGCUCUGAGUCUUCCUCAGCGGCAGCACGUCAGACACGCCGAGCUGCUGAUCAGACGGGAGCAGCUGGAACAGCAGCUGCGCCCCCUGGAGACCGUGAGACUCAAGAUAGCACAGGAAGCGAACACUAGAGCGUCAGUACUAGGGUGGGUGGGGCUUGCCUACCUGUCUCUGCAGGGAGGAUUCCUGGCUUAUCUCACCUGGUAUGUGUUUGCCUGGGACGUCAUGGAACCAGUGACGUACUUCAUCUCCUACAGCACCAGCAUGAUCUUCUUCGCCUACUACGUCCUCACCAAACAGGACUUCAUCUGUCCGAAGGUGAGGGAUCGUCACUUCCUUCACUUUUUCCACCAGAAAGCAUCUUGGCAGAAAUUCAAUGUUCAGAAAUACAACGAGCUCAAAGACGAGCUGCAGAAGGUGGAUGAGGAUCUCCGGAGGUUGAGGAGUGCCAUUCAGCUGUCAGCCAAUCAGACUCCGAGAGCCACCUGAGACUUCAGCUCAUUCUUAGAGACGUUAAGCGCAGUUUGUUGUCCUGCUGUUUCUGAAGAAGGUUUUUAACUUCUGUAUUGGCCAGCUGUCUUUAUUAACGGUGAAAUAAAAGUUUUUAAUCACGUUUUA